AUGUUUGAGUACUCCUUCAUGUUCGAAUCCUCCGGAUGUGAGGGUAAAUUUCUAGGGAUGCCCUACGACGGGGAAUUCGAGGCAAUGUGGCAGCAGAUCGGCAAUGAACUCCGUUCCAGACAUAAUCGCUUCCUGGGAAUGCCGUUCGAUAGUGGAUUUGAACGGAUGUGGCGGCAGGUCAGAGAGGAACUGAAACGGGAUCGGGAAGAUAACGAAUUGGCACUCUGUUUCCAGCGGAAUUUGAGCACCUACGUAAAGGAGGAAGGGGAUGUCGGUCAACUUGAGUCUUUUAUUGAACGCAGAUAAAAUAUAUUCAAUUUUAUUGAAAGGCAUGUUAUUGUUUAAAGUACGUAUGCAAGUGUGUAUGUCUAUUAAGUAUGCAUUGUAAAGAUUACGAUCGGUUUGGUUAAAAUAAUUUAUUGUUUUCGGAAUCGGUUUCAAUGUCGAAUAGGUCAAGCUGUUACUUGCCUUCGAUUGGAAAAAAGAUAAUAAAAAAGUCUUAACAUAGUUUAUGCAUUAAUUAUUU